AUGGCCCCGGCCCUCUUAAAGGCGGCGGCGGCGGCGGGCAGGAGGAGGGAGGGCGCCGCUCGCCGCCGCCGGGCGCGGACCGCCCGCCCGAAGAUGCCCCGCGGUUUCCUGGUGAAGCGCAGCCGGCGGCCCACGCCCGUGUCCUACCGGGUCCGCGCCCCUCCGCCCGCCGCUCCGCCGCCGCCUCCCCCUCCUCCCCCGCCGCCGCCGCCUCCUCCUCCCGUGCCCUUCGGGACGCCCGAUGGCCCCGUGCAGGCGCUGCGCAGCCCCACGCGGCCCGUCAGCCGCGACGCGCUGCUGGAGCGCGGCUUCAGCCUGGGCUCGCCCGUCUCGGCCGAGUCGUUCCCCGCGCCCGCCGUGCCCAGCAGCAUGGACCCGCUGCUGCUCGGCCCCGCCGAGCUCAAGCUCUGGGCCGCCCGGCCGCCCCCCAACCCCAGCGGCGCCGGCGGCGGCGGCGCUCCGGCCGCCAAGCGUCCCGCCGAGCCCGGCCGGCAGAAGGCCGCGGCCGGCAAGAAGGCGAAGGCGAUCCGCAAGCUGACCUUCGAGGACGAGGUGACCACGUCCCCGGUGCUGGGGCUGCGCAUCAAGGAGGGCCCGGUGGAGGCGCCGGCGCGGCGCGGGGGCUGCGCGCGGCCGCUGGGCGAGUUCAUCUGCCAGCUCUGCAAGGAGGAGUACGGGGAUCCCUUCGCGCUGGCGCAGCACCGCUGCUCGCGCAUCGUCCGCGUGGAGUACCGCUGCCCCGAGUGCGACAAGGUCUUCUCCUGCCCCGCCAACCUCGCCUCGCACCGCCGCUGGCACAAACCGCGGCCCCCCGCCAAGAGCGGCCCCGAGGCGGCGGAGCCCCCCAAGGAGGCGGCGGCGGCGGCGGCGGAGCGGGACACGCCGAGCCCCGGCGGCGCUUCGGAGGCCGGCUCCGAGGAGGGGCUGUUCGAGUGCCCGCGCUGCGCCCGUCGGUUCCGGCGGCAGGCCUACCUAAGGAAGCACCUGCUGGGCCACCCCGCCGCGCCCGGCCCGGCGCCCGAACCCGCGGCGGAGCCCGCCGAGCCCCGGCCGUGCCCGGUGUGCGGGGAGAGCUUCCCCAGCAAGAGCAGCCAGGAGCGGCACCUGCGGCUGCUGCACGCCGCGCAGCUCUUCCCCUGCAAGUACUGCCCCGCCACCUUCUACAGCUCGCCCGGCCUCACGCGGCACAUCAACAAGUGCCACCCGUCCGAGAACAGGCAGGUGGUGCUGCUGCAGGUGCCGCUGCGGCCGCACUGCUGAGCCGCGGACUGCGCCCCGCGUCGCCCCCCCCGCCCCGCCCCGGCCGCUUGGGUUGCGCUCCGCUCCGCUCGAGGACGAAGGAGAGGCGAGGCUUCGGUCGGCGCAGCGCCGGCGCCUUCGCUCCGCUCCGGGACGCGUAGAACUGCCUUAACUCGUGCCGUGCCCGCGCCGCGCCGUCUGUAUAUGUUGGGUCGAGUCCUCGCGUUAUUAUUUAUUCCUUAUUUAUUUAUAUUAAUGAUGAAGAUGGAUAUUAUUUGAUCGCAGAUGCUCUAACGCGCUUUUUUUAUUCCCCCCCCCCCCACCUUCCUCCCCCGGCUCCACCAUCUCCCUGUGAUCUCUUUUUUUUUUUUCUUUUUUUUUUCUUUCUUUUUUUUCUAUAAAGGUUUUAACUUUUAUACCUGGAAAUAAACCACGUGACCUUAACCCGUCCGCCCGCGCCGCCGACAGCUCUCACUCCUAGAUGCAAUCUCUUUUUCUACACACAUUAUUUUCGUACCUGUUAGCUAUUUAUAGAGUUGCUUCGAUAGGACUGUUUCGACUGUAUAAUUAUUUACUAUUCAAAUAAAAGUAUUUUCCAAUUCA